GGCAUGCUGCUGUUAAGCCAGGUGUCCGUUAGGCAAAGAAUGGCACAGUUCUUCAUCUCUGCAGAAACUCUUAACCUCAGAUCUAACAAAUCCACUUUCUUACCCAGUGAGCGGACAUUGGCCAGAAAGAGAGUCGGAAUUGGUGGCUUCCUAGGCAUCAGCUGGGUCAACACGCCCACCCAUUUCCCCUUCUUCUGUUUUCAGGCACAAUGUUUCCUUUUGACAGUUGGUCCUCGCACCCUGCUGUCCAGUCCAUUGUCCUCAAGAGCUGCUGUCUCCCAAGUGCGGAUUUCAGCCUUGGUGAUAUAUUACCAGCUGAACUGUCUGCAAUGGCCAUCAGCUAAGCCGAGCUGCAUUCAGCCUUAAAGUUUGUUUUCAUUCAAACUUCAGUAGUUUUCUAGUUGUUCUGUUGAGGUAGUGACAUCAGUUUGUGACAUCACGCAAAUUGAUGUCACAAAGAGAAUUGUCUCCUAACAAGAGAUUGAAUAUGAAAGCUUUUCAAGAUAAAAAGGCAAUUCCUAACAAAUAAAUAAAGGAAAACAUUGAACAGUUUUUGAAAUUUGUCCAGACUUAAAGGAUCAAGAAUGAAUGAGAGCAGUAAGGCGUCGUCUUCUCAUUCGAAUGAAUCACAACUGACCUUGGCUAGAGAGACAGACAAGCUCGAAGGCAUCUUGAAAGAAGUCAGCAUAACAUCUAUUGAGAGACAAACUCUGAUUAAAGCAGCUGAGGAGCUGAAGAUUCACGUUACGAACAUAGAACAAGCAGCACGUGAAAAAGACGAGCUGCUUCGGGAAAAAGAUGAGGAAUUAAAAAAACUGUUUGAAGUAAACGGAACUCUAAAGGAGAACAACACCACCUUGGAGCUGAUAAAUGUCGCACUGGAGCAGGAGAACACCGUCUUGGAACAGGAGAACAAUGCCCUGGAGGAGGAGAACAUUGCCCUGAAGCUGAAAAACACCACCCUGGAGCAGAAAAGCACCGUCUUGGAGCAAAUAAGCACCAUCUUGGAGCAGAAAAGCACCACCUUGGAGCAGAGAAACACCACUUUGGAGCAGAGAAGCAUCACCUUGGAGCAGAAAAGCGAUGCCCUGGAGCGAGACAACAAUGCCUUGGAGGAGAUAAACACCGAACUGGAGGAAGAUUACAACGAACUGCUGGAGGAGAACAACAUCGUCAGCCAGGUAAAUAACAUCUUGGAGGAGGAAAACAAUGCCCUGAAAGUGAAUCGUAUUGUCCUGCAGCAGAGAAGCCUCGCCUUUGAGCAGCAAAACUCCACCUUGGAGCGUACAAAUACUGAUCUGCAGCUUGAAGUGGAACAGCUGAACCAAAGGCUGAGGGACAGAGAGGAGCAGCAGAACCAGCAGCCAUCUGAAGAGGAAACCCACGAAGACAACUAGUCGGUUUCAGACCAGCCACAGGAGCUGCCAUCUAUAUUCAGACAUGUGGUCAGAGGCUUCACCGAUACACUUCUGAAAAUGUUCGAAACAGACAAUCUGAGGUACUGGGAGCUUGACACUUGGGGGUUGAUGGUGGAAGAGCUAAUCGCUUGAAAGAUGUUGGCAGGAGAGCUUGAGGCCCGCAGAACUGCGGAGGUAUGGGAACUUGAUGCCAUCGAACUCGAGUCUUCCCUCACCACCAGACAAUCAGACUCUAAUCUCCUUUGUCGCCAGGUAAUCAGACACUUAUU